CGUCCCGCCACCGGAAGCCGUGCACUGACCAUAGAGAGGACGAGCUGGCUAGAGAGACGUGAGUCCGGCCCGCCUACGAGGGUGUCGUAUAGAGCGUCGGCCGCCCUGGAGGACCUGAGAGAAGGGGAUCCGCGAGGAAGCAGCGCGGCGCGAACCUGACAAAAAGAUGGGAGCGCUCGGGGCUCUUUCUUUAAAAAUUACAUCUCUCCAGUGGAGGACUAAGUUCUAGAGGGAAAUUGCGUAGUUUUAUCUUGUUAGACUUGCCACAGAUUGCGUAUGCCUGUCUGUCCCUCUGUCUUGCACAGGAGCAGUUUCUGUGGAGUAGAAAGGAGUCUCUGGGUACAAGAAGAAAAAUAUUUCGAGUUGCGGAGAGAGGUGACCCGCCCGGCUCCUGGUUGGCUCCUGGGUGUCGGUGUCACGGUGACUUGUACCGCUCUCCCCUGACGUCGGGGACUGGAUGCUCUGAAAGGAGUUCACGGCGCCCAAAAAUUUCACACCCCAGACUGCAGUAUAGGGGUCGCCUGGAAGAGACUGGCACGUGGCAGUAUCAAGUUCAAGUGCUCAGUGUUAGAUUACCCUGAGAGGCGGCGCUGAUUCGAAACCCCAGCAGCGUGGGAUCUCGGAAGCCGCGUCCCCCCCCCCCUCCCCCAACCAAUAUAGUCGUAGGGCACAUCUGGUAAAAUCAGAGGAGGCCUGGCCUCCUGGCAGAGAUGUUUGAGUUUGACCACUAUGACUUGCCUUUGCAGAUGGGAAAACUGAGGCCCAAAGAGGAUUUGCCCAGGGUCCCAAAUCUCCUUACCCCCGUCCACUUCCCUUCUCUCUUAAUCACGGUGACUCUACAUCCGGAAUGAUUGGUAAUAUGUGUCCUGCACGAAGACGUUAGGACACAAUAUUUAAAUUCAAGACUUCCCCGCUAAUCUGACUCAGUUAUGCCAGCUUGCUAACUCAAUCCUGAGAUAAAAGACAGAAUGCACUGUUGCUCCCUGAAUUCAUGACUUUAACCUCUGAGUAAAGGCCAUUCCAGCACUAUCUAGCGACGUACAUUCAGUAAAUAUAUAUUGAGCUCCAACUCAGUUCUAGGAUUUGAGGAGACUAGGAAGCAAGAUAGAAACAGCCCCAGCCUUCCAGGAGCAUAAUAUGAAACAAAAGGUUCAGACAAGUAAACUCACAGUAAAACAAUGCAAAACAAAACACCCCAAGGUGAUAAGGUCAGGCUGCAGAUAGACUGUGGGCCACUGCCAGCUUGAGUUAGGAACGUGAACCAUGUAACUCUUUACUCACUCCUCCCAGAAGGUCAAGAGGAAUAUUCAAGAGACCCUUCCCCACUGACCCAUGCUAUUGGAGGCAACUCAAGAAAGGAGUAGAUGGCUGCAAAACCGAGCGACCUUAGGAGGACACUCACAAAUGAAGGGGGCACUCAGCCCAGGAAAGGCUGCUGGAUGCCUGGGGGAUGGGACGUUUCAAGGGGCUUUAAGAAGAGCAUGAAGCAGCUGGUGAGCUGGAAUAAAGAUGCGGCAUAAGAGAACGGAACAGAAAGGGUAGACGGUGCAGAUAAAACACGAGUCCCAGAGGGCCCUAGCCAGCUGCAUCCCAGGCAAUCAGGAGCCUGGGACUGGAGACCCCACCCCUGCCGUGACAUCACAGGGGAGUGGGGUGGAGACGAACUAAAAGGGGGUCCCCCCUCCCUGGCCUUGGACUCUUGGCAGCCCAGAGUAUCAAGAGCAGAGAGAGCCUGGGCACUGAGCUAGGGUUGCCUGACUUAAAGGAACAGGCUCCCCACCCGUUCCUCAAGCCCCUCCAAGCUGUCCCCUCCAGGCUUUGAUCUCUGUCUCCCUGUCCUGAGGACCUCUCCCUCCUGAGGCCACCAUUGGGUCCCUUCUCAGUGGCCCCUGAGUGCUCUCUCAGCAUGAACUGCGUGUCAGAUUUCUUCACCUACGAGACCACCAAGUCAGUGGUUGUGAAAAGCUGGACCAUUGGGGUCAUCAACCGAGCAGUCCAGCUUUUGAUCAUCUCCUACUUCGUGGGGUGGGUGUUCUUACACGAGAAGGCUUACCAGGUGCGGGACACAGCCAUUGAGUCCUCCGUCGUAACCAAGGUCAAGGGCUUUGGACGCUAUGCCAACAGAGUCAUGGACGUGUCUGAUUAUGUGACCCCACCCCAGGGUACCUCUGUCUUUGUCAUCAUCACCAAGAUGAUAGUUACUGAAAACCAGAUGCAAGGAUUCUGCCCAGAGAGCGAGGAGAAGUACCACUGUGUAUCAGACAGCCAGUGUGGGCCUGAGCGCUUCCCGAGUGGGGGGAUCCUCACCGGCCGCUGCGUGAACUACAGCUCUGUGCUCCGGACCUGUGAGAUCCAGGGCUGGUGCCCCACCGAGGUGGACACGGUGGAAAUGCCUGUCAUGAUGGAAGCCGAGAACUUCACUAUUUUCAUCAAGAACAGCAUCCGUUUCCCCCUCUUCAACUUUGAGAAGGGAAACCUCCUUCCCAACCUCACAGCCGCCGACAUGAAGACGUGCCGUUUCCACCCUGACAAGGCCCCCUUCUGCCCCAUCUUGCGGGUGGGGGACGUGGUCAAGUUCGCAGGGCAGGAUUUUGCCAAACUGGCCAGCACGGGCGGAGUCCUCGGCAUUAAGAUCGGCUGGGUGUGUGACCUCGACAGGGCCUGGGACCAGUGCAUCCCCAAAUACUCCUUCACCAGGCUCGACAGCGUUUCCGAGAAGAGCAGCGUCUCCCCAGGCUACAACUUCAGAGCAAGGGCAACAGUGGUGCCAGGUUACAAGAUGGAAAGAAGGUAUUUCCGUUCUGUCCAUCUUCAUCUUGGUCCCAAAGAACAACCACGGUGGCCGUUGGUUCUUUCUUGCCUUUCCAACCAAGGGCUCAAACCAGCCUUUAAGCACCAUCUGGUUCAUACUCCCAAUGUCCUUGAGACAUAAGGAACCUCUCCCUGACACCCACCACCACCACCAUCACCUCCAUUUGGAAGAGGGGGAAAGAGAAGAACCCAGAAUUAACUAUUUGGAACCAGCUGAAAGCCCCUGACGAAGCCCUUGACCUUCUCCCUACCUGAUUUCCCCAUCUGUGAAAUGGCCGUAGUGCCAUUAUCUUGAGGAUCCUAGUAAGCAAGGGGUGAAAAGUUUCAGCUCUCUGGUUUGUUUUUUUUUUUUUUUCCCCUUAACUUUUGAAGAUCCUGAGGUCUCUGGUAGGGCCUUGAUUGCACACAACAGUGUCAUACACUAAACGGGUUGACUAGGCAACGAUCAGGGAAAAUGGUACACGUCAGAAUAGGUUUCAGUUACACGUCCAAAGAAUGGUUACUCGAACUUUCUUUGUUAUAGUGGUGUUUUCCAACAUAAUGGCAUAGAUAAGCGAAAAAGUAAUCAUUUCACCUUUUUCUUAACCUUUAUUUGUAGUUCUAAAACUACGUCUAAAACUACAUCCCAUUACCCUUUAUAUUUAAUAGUUUAAAAUAUAUAUGUAUAUUCUCUGGAAAGAAGAAUUUUUUUAAAUUGAAAGUGCUUUCAUAAUCAACUCCAAACUUUAAAAAACCAUAGGAAACAACACAUAUUUUAAAGUAGGUUAAAAAUACUGUUCGGCUCCCUGGCAGAAAUUGGCAUAUUUAUUCAGUGGGUACAUCACACAGAAAUCAAUACAAAGGAUAUUUGUAUGGUGGCUUAAAAUAGCAACGUAAUUAAUAAAAUUCUCAGGAUCUAAAAUGCAAAGUUUUCAUCUUCAUAACUUCCCCCUGGCCAGUGGGAACACUUCAGUUUUCCUAGUAACUUACACGGCAGAUGAGCCAGUGAAGGAUGUGUGUAUUAUGAAGCCCCCAACUACUGGUGCCCCCCCCCCCCAGUUUUAGAACAAGUUGUUUCAUUUAAAGAAGAAAUGGUCUGGCAUUCUGGAUCUCCAGUUUAUUGUGCUAUGGCCUCCCUGCCACCCGCACCCCCUUCCCACCCGGCACA